AUGGAUGACUCCGUUGAGCGCGCUCUCUACGCUGACGUCAUCGCCGCGAUGACCGACGCGCGCGCAAAAUUGUCGUGCGACGACAUCCCGUCGCAGGAGCUGCGAGGGAGCAGCCUGAACGCGGCGGUCGCAGGGCGACUGCGUGCGAUGGGGUACGACGCGGCGGUUUGCGCGACGCAGUGGGACACCUCUCCCACCAUUCCCGAGGGAUCAUACGAGUACAUCGACGUCCUUACGUCCGCGAAUCCGCCCGCUCCCUCGCACCCAUCCGCCUCUCCCUGUUCCACCGUCUUCGAUCCCAUCCUCCACCGUUGUGACAACAAAGCCUCCCCUCCUCCCACCUUCACACGAACUGCUCCCCCCAGCAUUGUCACCCGCGCCUCCCCUUUCCUGACUAGCGCCUCCUCCGCUUCCGCCAACGGCGCUUCCGCCGCCGUCCCCCAGCGUUUCAUCAUAGACGUUGAUUUCCGCGCGCAGUUCCAGAUCGCACGGCCCACGCGCGAGUACGCGGCGGCGCUCGAAUCCACGCCGUUGAUCUUCGUCGGGAGGUCGGAGCGGCUGGCGCGGCUGGUGGAGGUGGUAUCUGGCGCGAUGCGCGGGGCUUUAAGGGCGCAAGGCAUGCACGUUCCGCCGUGGCGCAAGUGGGAGUAUCUGCACGCUAAGUGGAUGGCUGCCGCCAGCCAGAGAGUGGUGUGCGAGGCGAAGGGGGUGACUUACGAGAAUUUUCAAAGUGCGAGCGGGGGAGCAGUGGGGGGAGAUAAGGAGAAGGCGGAAGAGGAUGGUGAUGGUUACGGUAGCGAAGGAGCAGUGAUUGGGGAUCGGGACGCUUCAACCCACUCUGUUAUCACCUCUCCUACUGUCUCUGCUGACUGUUCCGUUGAUGUCCUGGCUGCUCCUGUUGCCAGCCCAUUUGCUGCUCGUGCUGCCCCAUCUGCUGUCACUGCUGCUCCAGCUGGAAGAUUUCACGCAUCUGCCGUUUCUAGUGCGAUCGCAGCUGCUGCUGUGGCUGCACACACAUCAUGCCAGCAGCAGCAGAACCGCAAUCUACAAUUCUCAACUGGUGUGGGUGCUGGUCUUUUCCAAGCCCGCUUUGUUCCUGCCAGACGGUUCUCUGCCCUCCAGCAGUGCGCCCGAGCAGGGGGGUUUUGA